AUGAUUGCUAUUUCCGCUGGACGUGGUAAUGUAGCUUCAUAUCUUAUAGAGCAAGAGCAUGCUGAUGUAAAUGUAAUAAAUUCGACAGGUCAGUGCUGUCUUCACUAUUGUGCUUCUAAAAAUCGUCUUCAGUUAGUCAAACAGCUAUUAAAUGCUGGUGCGAAACCAGACGUAAAAGAUUGGGGAGGAGUUACACCGCUUCAUCGUGCAAUCGCUACCGAAAACCUAGAUAUAGCCAAACAUCUUUUAGACCAUACAAUCACUGAAAAUGAUGUUGGUAAUGAAGAAGGCUGCAAUAAACUGUUUUCAACGCUUGUUGAUUUAACUGACAAAAAAGGCCAAACACCUCUACAUUAUGCAUGCGAAGAAGGCAAUUUCCAAGCUGCAACUUUACUAAUGAAAUAUGGUGCCUCUAUAAAUCAUAAAGAUACAGUAAGUCUACUGAACGUAUAG